AUGCCUCCGUCAGCGGCGGGAGCAGAGGACCGCAGAGCCUAUGUGAGAAAGCUGCUGAGGGAAGUGCUGGUGGGUCGAGAGGAUCCAGAAGGCUUCUUCGCGAUGUGCGUGUCCGUCCUGGGACACCAGGACACACGCUCCCACUUCCUGACCCUCAUCCAGCCUCUGACCACGGCUAACAGCACCCUGCACUCCGGCCUCACCUCCAUCUACCAGGAUUACUUCUCUAAGACCGAAGAUGAAGAACUGGAACUGGCGUUGGCUCUUUCUGUGCUGGAGAUGAAAGAUGACCAGCGGCCCACCCCAGUCCAGGAGCCUGGAGACGGACAGACUGACAGCAGAUCGGUUCAGCUGACCUCAGUAGGUCAGCCUCAGGGAAGCAGACGCACACAGCUAACAGAUAGAAGUGGCGGGAGUAAAAAUGGAGCCUGGGGCAUGGCAUGCCCACUGAAGAAACCCCAAGAGACUGAGCUCCAGAAAAACACACAGACCCUGGCAACGUGUCAGACUGUGUGCGUCGCCUCACCAUGUGCCUCACUUUCUAAACAAGAGACAGAUUUGGAAGGUGAUGAAAUGACUGAAGAGGGAGAUUCGAUUCAGUCAGGGAAAACAAAACGAUCUAGAAACAGACGGAAGCGGCGUCAAGCAGUCGGACAGCAGGUCGUAGGUUUGCCCUGCUCUCCAUCAGCAGCAGCACCAGUCCUGCUCUGGUGUAGGAGGGAUUUGCGAUUGUGUGAUAAUCCUGCUCUCAUUGGCUCUCUGGAGGUUGGGGCGCCCGUCAUUCCAGUUUUCAUCUGGAGCCCUGAAGAAGAGGAGGGACCUGGGAUAACUGUGGCCAUGGGGGGAGCUUGUAAAUAUUGGCUUCAUCAAGCUUUGUCUCAUUUCCGAUCAUCUCUGGAGGGCAUUGGCAGCCAUCUUAUCUUCCUGAAAGCGGACAGAGCGGGGAGUGGGUUGGGAUCAUCUCUGCAGUCCCUUAAAGAGCUGGUAAAAGAGACUGGUGCGAGAACAGUGAUGGCUAAUGCGCUGUAUGAGCCCUGGCUGAAGGAGAGGGAUGAUGAAGUGGUGUCAGCUCUGCAGAAAGGUGGCGUUCAGUGUAGAAUGUUCCACUCUUACUGUCUCAGAGACCCGUACUCUGUCAGCACUGAGGGUGUGGGACUCAGAGGAAUAGGUUCAGUGUCUCACUUCAUGAGCUGCUGCAAACAGAACCCAACAUCUGCACUAGGGGCUCCUCUGGACCCUCCAGGAUCUCUCCCAACACCUGCCACCUGGCCUCAGGGUGUCUCAUUGGACACUCUGGAGCUGGCUCGCAUGCCCCGCAGGAAGGACGGCUCAACGAUUGACUGGGCAGCUAACAUUCGUAAUUCCUGGGAUUUCAGUGAGGAAGGCGCACAUGUCCGGUUAGAAGCUUUUCUCCAGGAUGGUGUGUACAGGUAUGAGAAAGAGUCGGGCAGAGCAGAUGAACCCAACACUAGCUGUGUGUCUCCCUACCUUCACUUUGGUCAGCUCAGCCCACGCUGGCUACUGUGGGACGCCAAAGGGGCCCGCUGUCGACCCCCAAAGUUUCAACGGAAACUGGCCUGGAGAGAUUUGGCCUAUUGGCAGCUAACACUGUUUCCUGACCUCCCAUGGGAAUCCCUCAGACCUCCAUACAAGGCUUUACGGUGGAGCACUGACCAUCGCCAUCUGAAGGCCUGGCAGCGUGGUCGAACAGGAUACCCUCUGGUGGAUGCGGCCAUGAGGCAGCUAUGGCUGACAGGCUGGAUGAACAACUACAUGAGACACGUAGUGGCAUCUUUUCUCAUAGCUUAUCUCCAUCUGCCCUGGCAAGAAGGAUACCGCUGGUUCCAGGACACCCUCGUGGAUGCAGAUGUUGCCAUAGAUGCUAUGAUGUGGCAGAACGGUGGCAUGUGUGGUCUGGACCACUGGAACUUUGUCAUGCACCCCGUGGAUGCAGCCAUGACCUGCGACCCCUGUGGCAACUACGUCAGGAAAUGGUGUCCCGAACUUGCAGAUUUGCCCGACGAGCUCAUUCACAAGCCAUGGAAGUGUCCCGUGUCCAUGCUUCGACGCGCAGGUGUCGUAAUCGGCCAGACGUAUCCCGAGAGAGUAAUUACUGACCUGGAGGAGCGAAGGAGUCAGUCUCUGAAAGAUGUAGCUGUGGUGCGUAAAAGGUUCGGGCAGUAUGUGGACAAGCGCACGGGCUGUGACUUGGUGCCUCUGCCUCCUCGCCUGGUCACAGAGGCCCUUGGUCCGUCACACGGGAACGGUGGCAUCGUGGCAGAAGGGAAGCAGUUCCUGUUGCCCGUCAUCACUCGCAUGGAAUUCAAACAUCAGCUGGCAGAUCCAGACUCGGACGCAGCCUCAAAUCCUUACAAUGCCGUCCUGAAAGGGUACGUGAGCCGCAAAAGGGACGAGACCAUUGCCUUCCUUAACGAGAGGGACUUCACUGCCAGUGUGUUGCACGAGGGGACACAGAGAAGAGAGAGGCUGGAGAGCGACCAGCGCAGAAUGGAGGGACUUCCCCGGCCUCCUGCACCUCCCAGCAGAGCCAGACGAACUCCAAAAGCCAAAGACAAGUUCUCCGUCGUACCUGGAGGGGCAGUUACUUCACUCACAUGACGAACAUCGGAAAGCAAUCAAGUCAUGAAGUUUACAGGUUGAAAGAAACCAGACAGUUCACAGCCUUAAUGUAAGAGAAAUAGACUUUGAACAGUAUGCUAUUAUACUAUGUUCAAAGCAAUGUACUGAAUUUUUGUUUUGAGUCAAUGAAGUUUGAAGUGUUUUUUUAUACAGAACUACUCACAAAUGCAUUGUAACAUGUGGCUGUAAAUGUAUGUAUUUAAAAUGUCCUCAGGAGAUUGUUUUUCAAAAAAUGUGAUUUAUUUAAAGUUAUUGUCAGUGUGUUUGUCAAAAGUUAUUCAGCCAAAUCAAAAGAAAUGCAAACCGCACAUAAUAUGCUCUGAGAUAACAUCACAGCUUACAUCUGAGUGAUGUGCUGCAUUCUUAUAAACUUAUAAACAAAUAAAAACAAGACUACAUGUGUAAAG